AUGGCGACGCGAAUCGCAUACGCUUUUAUUCUCCUGAUCAAUUCGAUCGUGUCGUGGAUAAUGCUCACGCCGUGGGCGAUGAAGAAACUGCAACAUUUGACUCUGGAUUAUAUGGAGAUCACCUGCGAUGGCAAAGAAUGCCACGGCUGGGUUGCCGUCCAUCGGAUCAAUUUUGGUCUCGGCCUCUUCCAUCUGAUUUUGGCCCUUUUGCUGCUUGGUGUGAAGAAUACCCGGGACAGCCGUGCUGCUUUGCAAAAUGGUUUCUGGGGUCCGAAGAUCCUCUUCUGGAUCGGCUUUGUCGUCAUGUCCUUCUUCAUUCCCGAACCCUUCUUCUUCGCCUACGGUAACUAUAUCGCCUUCUUUUGCGCCAUGCUUUUCCUACUUCUGGGUCUCAUCCUCUUGGUCGACCUGGCGCACACGUGGGCCGAGCUCUGCCUCCAAAAGAUUGAGGACAGCGACUCGCGCGUGUGGCGUGGCUUGCUGAUUGGAUCGACCCUUGGCAUGUACCUGGCCUCGCUGGUGAUGACCAUACUCAUGUACGUCUUCUUUGCCAAGAGUGGAUGCUCCAUGAACCAGGCGGCCAUCACCAUCAAUUUGAUCGUGUUCUUGAUCGUCUCUGCCGUGUCCGUGCAACCAGCUGUCCAAGAGUCGAAUCCUCGCGCUGGAUUGGCUCAAGCCGCCAUGGUCACAGUGUACUGCACCUAUCUCACGCUCUCCGCGGUCUCCAUGGAGCCAGACGACAAGAACUGCAACCCCCUGAUCCGCUCUAGCGGAACCAGAACGGUUACCAUCAUCCUGGGCGCAAUCGUUACCAUGGCCACUGUCGCCUACACCACGACGCGCGCCGCCACUCAAGGUAUUGCACUGGGAUCCAAGGGCGGCCAAGGUCAGAUCCAGCUUGGCGAAGACAACGAGCAUGGGCUGGUGACACAGCAACCCAGUACCCGCCGUGAGAUGCGCGCUGAGGCCCUGCGUGCUGCGGUGGAGAGUGGCAGUCUCCCCGCUAGCGCGUUGGAUGAGAGUGAUGACGAGGAUGACUUUGAGACUUCAAGCAAGGAUGAUGAGCGAGGUUCCACCCAAUACAGCUACACUCUUUUCCACAUCAUCUUUUUCUUGGCCACAACCUGGGUGGCAACUCUUCUGUCGCAGGGCAUCACCAUUGAUUCAAACAUGGACUUUGUUCCGGUCGGCCGGACUUACUGGGCCAGCUGGGUGAAGAUCUUUAGCUCCUGGGUGUGUUACGCCAUCUAUCUCUGGACUCUGGUUGCCCCGGUGGUCCUACCUGACCGAUUUGGUGUAUACUAG